CUACGAUGCUUGUUGGGAUCGUGUGGAGAGUAUCCUCAGGAUGGGGAUUACUCGUGAGGUUCGGCGACAGGAUAAUCUGCGCCUAUGGUUAUCGGGUGAUUUUUGUCUCCCCCGUCUCUUUAUUGAGGGUCCCUGCCCGGUGGCUCCCCGUAUGUAUCAAUACGGGGAUGAUCCUCUGGAAUAUCUACGAUAUUUGUCCGGGGAUCCUACUCUCGGGGAGGAGAUCGUCGACAAGUACGACUGGUUUGCCUUCUUUGAGCAUGUUCGUGGGGAUGCCUUUGAUCGUCUUCGCGGUGUCUAAGGCUGAAGGAAUCCUCUUUUCUCCUGAUGCGGCCAUCGUACCCGGUUUUACUGCGUCCAGGAUCUAUAUUUUUUUCUUUAAUUUUUUUCUAAAAAUAUUUUAA